GUCGUGAAAUGUCAGGUAAAAUAACUCUGAAGCAUCUCUAUGAAAUUGCAAAGAUCAAGUCAGAAGAUCCGACUAUGGAGUUGCUUACUCUGGAGCAAAUAUGCCAAAUGAUGGUGGGAACUGCUCGCACUUGUGGCAUUGAAAUUGUGCGAGACCUAGAUCCUAAGGAAUAUGCGCAGUUUCUUGAGGACCGCAAGCAGAUUGUGGCUGAACAAAAGAAAGAAUUGGAGGAGAAGAAAGAAGCUAAAAUGUUGAGAACAGGAUAGACAACUAGGGUAACAAGAAAUGUACUUUAAAUAGUUGAAACUUUGCAUAGUGUAGUGUGUUGACAAACUUGUGGAAACCUAUGGAUGUAGUUAAUAUUUAGAGUCAGAAGUUCUGUAGACCUGUGCUCAAAAAUGUUGUUAGUGAAUUAUAGCCAGUUAAGUGUUAUAUUUUCUUCUAAAUCAAGAGAUUAAGUGGCCUUUUUAUUUUAUAAAAGAAUAGCAAAUUAUGAGAAACACCCUUUCAGGUAGAUUUCACUGAAAGGAAGAUUGUUUUGUGUUACUUUCGGUAAUUUCUAAUCUAAUUUUUUUGGCACAAUUUUUGCAUUAUAUCAGGGUUGCUGACUUGGUUUUUUAAAUAGAAACUUGUGAUUUUGACCUGUUAAAUAGGGAAAAUAUGUCCUCUUGUGCACCAGGAAUUUAAUUUAUGAAGUGGGAAAAUGAAGGGCUUGUAAGGUGUAGAUUCUUGUUUUGUUCAGGCCUGUAUUAAAUAUUCUCUGAUUUUGUUGAGUGUAUGAAUCAUAUUUUGUCUCAAGCUGUUCAGGAAAUAUCAAACCAUAUGAGAGGAUAUUUGGAGAAAUUCAUCGUAAAUUCUCAAAUUUGUUGUUAUUUUUGUAUUGAAUUGUUUGUAUAUUACAGUGAUAUUUACAAUAUUUGCAUUAUUUACAAUUAUAUUUGUACAGUCUCAUGUCUUCUCAUUACAAUACAUUUCUCAGAGUUUUGAUGUAUAUUAAAAUAAUGUACAAAAGAUAGAUUUUGCAAGUAGUUUUGGGAGAACUCUAAAAAAUUCUGUAGGAAUGUCUUCCUAGUGCAAAAUUAUUGGUGCUCAAUUGUUCACUUAUAGUCCAGCUGAAGAAUUGUUCAGGAAGCAUACUUUCUUGCAUUGAAAUAACUUAAUAAGUGGUAGAUUUUACCUGAUGCAAGCAAAAUAUACCAAAUUUAAAAAAGUUUCAAUGUAAAAUAAGUGUUGUUAAACAAACAUUUUCUUGUCAACAAGGAAGUGUUGAUGGGCUGUGAAGAAGACUUUUUGUCUGAAAUGUCAUGGUCAUUUGAUGCUAGUAUUUCUUUUCAAUUUUUAUUCAACCUUAUAUCUGUUUUGACGAUGGGAGACUUUGGACUUGGAUUUGCAAAUUUCUUCAAUUGAAAUAUUCAGAAUAUUAUUUUGGUCUUUAAUUGUUAUGACAAUCCCAGUUUCUUCAUUGAUGCUUGGAUCCAACCUGUGUAAUGGGAAAUUCUUGUGUAGACACCUGGUCGAUUUUUCUUUGCACAGCCGUCGCCCCAGGAUACAACUCCAGCAAGCACGAACCUCCCUGAAAAGAAUAAGAGAAAUGUCAAAAUAGGAAAAAUAUAUCUUUUUUCAAAUACUAUUUAUUUCAGUAUUUUUAAGAAAGUGCUCUUACUGUGAAAUUGGUAUUUGUUCAAGAAAAAGAAACUAUCCUUAUUAGUGGUGAUUAACAAAUGAACACAUUGUGAAAGUACUACAGUUUCACAAAUAAUUCAUUUAUGUAAUCAAUAGUUAAUUGAAAGUGGGUUAACUCAAAAAACACCCAAAUUAUAAUGUGUUGGAAUAGGAAGAAUCAUUUGUAAAGAAUUGAAUUGCAUUUUGCAUUUUCGUGUAUAUGUAUACCAUUUCUUAAAUCAUCUCAAAAGUUCUGUUUUGAUAAAGUUCUUCUCUUUUCUUGAUGCAGUGUUUACAAGCAUUCAGGGCAUUUGGACAAGAAUAAAAUAAGAAAAUUAUAUGGCAUGAGGAGACAAAAGGAAAAAUUAAUGGAAUGCCAAAUAAUAAAAUUGUUAUUUACCUAAUCAAUCCUGUAUUUGAAUAAUUGAAAUGAAUUCUAAUCAUUCUACAUGUUUUAUUAUUUUUUUUAAAGCAAUUUAGUACACUGACUAGAACUAUGCAAUUAUAAGCAGAGUCUGGCUUAUGAAUGUUGGGAGCUUUGUAGAUACGCAAUAGUUUCUGGGUGUGUGAAGUUUGGGUGCAAGAUGAGUAAAUCAAGUUAUCUAGAAAUUUGGAUAAAUCCAGAUACCUAUAGCUCUCCAGGUUACAUUGUAAAUUUUCCUCAAAAAGUAUUGAAAUGAAAGUCAUGAAAUCAAUUCAAUGUUGCCUUGUUGGUUUAUUCUUGUCAAUUAUGCUGCCAAAAAUGUAUGUUAUUUGUAGGGAGCGGAUUUAUAUGAUUUUGCAUAUUUUGUGUCCGUUGCUGCGUGUUAUUAUUUUAAUCUCUUUAGUGUUGGUCAGCUUUUCUGAAUUGCCUCACCCUCUUCCCAGCUGUUACCUGUCAGAACCAAAACGAUUUUUUGCUCACAUUUUCUCAAUUUUUCAGUCUCAUAAUAAUAAUGAUUGAAAUAUAUCUUGAAGAUAUUGCAGGGGAAUGAAACAUAGUUCUUGUAGAUGUAAAUUUUCUUUGCAAAAUUUGAAUCCGUUGUUGCAAAAAUGUUGUAGUGUUUUUGAAAAUAAAGUAUUUUGAGUUUAAUUUCACUGAAAACAUUUGAGGUUGGAGCAACUUCAUAAGAAAAAAUUUGGAGCACUUCUACUCAUACAUUCAAAAAUGUAUAAUAAAUGCCGGU